AUGCGUCUAUUCAACGGCCUGGCUUCCCUCCUGGCAGGAGCGCGCCUCGCGCAGGCCACCCUCCAAAUCAUACCUGGCGGAACAUGGACGGCGACUAACACGGGCCGGCACGUCCAAGCCCACGGCGCCGGCGUCACCAAGGUCGGCUCGACGUACUACCUCAUCGGCGAGGACAAGACCGAGGGCAGCGCCUUCCAGAACGUCAACUGCUACGCCUCGACCGACCUCGUCGAAUGGAGCUACGUCGGCGCCCUGCUCUCGCGGACUUCGGUGGCGGGUGACCUCGGCCCCAACAGGGUCGUCGAGCGGCCCAAGGUCGUCUACAACAGCGGCACCGGCAAGUACGUCAUGUACAUGCACAUUGACGACAGCAACUACGCCGAGGCCAAGGUCGGCGUGGCGACGUCCGACACUGUGUGCGGUAACUACACGUAUCUGGGCAGCUGGAGGCCGUUGGGGUUCCAGAGCCGGGACAUGGGGCUGUUCCAGGACGACGAUGGGUCUGUGUAUCUUCUGACCGAGGACCGGGCCAAUGGCUUGCGCAUCGAUGCGCUAUCAUCGGACUACCUCAACGUCACGCAAAGCGUCUACCUCUGGAGUGAGAGCAUCGAGGCGCCCGCCAUCCUGAAGAAGAACGGGUACUACUUCAUGUUCGGAAGCAGACUGACCGGCUGGGACCCGAACGACAACGUCUACUCUUACGCGACCUCCCUCUCCGGCCCCUGGUCCGCCUGGCAAACCUUCGCCCCCGUCGGCUCCAACACCUUCACCUCUCAGACGACGUACAUCCUCCCCCUGGGCGACACGGCAAUCUACAUGGGCGACCGUUGGGUCAGCACGAACCUCAUGCGGAGCACCUACAUCUGGCUGCCCCUCACAAUCUCCGGCACCAAUAUCACCCUCACGGACCGCGUCAACUGGGUCCCCAACGUCGGCACAGGCACCUGGGCCGUGGCUCCGACCGAGACGUCUUACGAGGGCGAGGCGGCCGGGCUCUCGGACGGCGCGAGGGUGAUAUCGUGUACGGGCUGCAGCGGGUUGGCGGCGGCCGGGUACAUCGGCGGGUCGGCAGGCGGCAAGGCGCAGUUCUCGAACGUUAGCGUUCAGGCCUCCGGGUGGACGACGGUGAGGGUGAAGCACAUGAACGGGGACACGAGCCAGCGGUGGGGGACGGUGACGUGCAACGGCGUCUCGCAGACGGUCGGGUUCCUGCCCACCGCGGACGGGAACACGCCCGGGAGCAGCUCCGUCUUCUGUAACCUGGACGCCGGGUCGGGGAAUACAAUCUCCUUCAUGAGCACCGAUUCCUCGUGGGUUGCCGAUAUUGACAGGAUUUUUGUUCCUGUCAAUUAG